AGUGGAUAAUAAAUUAAUCGUUGUCAGCUGCCGCCUAGCUCUUGGACUCGUUGGAGUGACCUGUUAUUCAAUAGUUUUCCGUAGCGUGAAAGAUGGGUCUGGGAAGGAACCAAGCCAAUGGAGAGGUACAGGGUGCCGUGCACAAGCCGAGGAGGUUUGUGGGUGAUGUCACCUGGGAUGAGGUGAAGAAGCAUGAUGGCAAGACCGUGAAGGAGAAGUGGCUGGUAGUUGAUAACCAGGUCUAUGACAUCACACAGUGGAGUAAGAGGCAUCCGGGAGGGUUUAAAGUCAUCACACACUAUGCUGGACAAGACGGAUCCGAAGCAUUUACAGCUUUUCACAAUGAUGAACAAUACGUGAGGAAGUUCAUGAAGUCUAUCCAUAUUGGACAGAUUGUCAAAGAUCAAAUUGAGCAAAAAGAAGUUGUCAAAGACUUUGCUGAGCUACGAGAAACUGCUGAGAAAAUGGGUCUUUUCAAUGCUAAUUUCCUCUUCUUCUUCCUUCAUAUGAGUCAUAUCGUUGGCCUGGAGAUCUUGUCUUACAUCGUCAUGAGGACAUUUGGAGUAACGUGGUGGACGUUCAUCGCAUGUGUAAUGAUGCACGGUACACUUCAGGCGCAGGUAGGAUGGUUUCAACAUGAUCUUGGUCACCUGUCAUGCUUCAAGUCAUCAAAGUGGAACCAUGCCUUGCACUUUAUCUUCAUGUCUACAGUCAAGGGUGCAUCAGCUAAAUGGUGGAAUCACAUGCACUAUCAGCAUCAUGCAAAGCCUAAUGUGAUGAACAAAGAUCCAGAUGUUCGUCUUGAAAAGCUCUUUGUUGUUGGAGAGAAGAUGCCUGUGAUGGUCGCAGAGAGUGGUCAGUCGUCAAUGCCAUACAAUCAUCAACACAAGUACUUCUUCCUGAUUGGACCCCCUUUGCUGUUUCCUGCAUACUUCCAAUUCAUGAUUUAUCGUCACAUGAUCAAGCAGAGGGAAUGGACGGACCUGUUCUGCAACGUCUUAUACUAUGUCAGGUUUCUAUACCUCUAUCUACCUCUCAUGAAAUGGUGGCAAAUUUUUCUCUUCUAUGAAUCCUUCAGAGUAAUGGAAAGUAUUUGGUUUACCUGGGUAUCUCAGUCUAACCACAUACCCAUGGAGAUUGAUGAAGAUGCAGCACGUCCAUGGCUAGAGCUACAGGUUAGUGUAAAGUGCAUAGAAAACUACUCCAGUUAUUAUGCGCUUAUUAAAGGACAAGUCCACCCCAACAAAAUGUCGAUUUGAAUAAAAAGAGAAAAAUCCAACGAGCAUAACACUGAAAAU